UCCUACUGACCAUCACUCCUCCCUUUACCAACUUCACCGCGGCGACGUGGGGUCGUAGUCACACACUCAUCUGUCAGACGUCGCCACUGCUUCCUACUCUCAUCGCCUUGAUGCAGCCGACGAUCGUCACUCGCACCACGCCCAACGCCCAUCAUGUCUACCCAAGAGGCGCAUAGACGGUCCCCCUCGCCCACCAAGAGCCAGCGGCAGACAUCGCGGCCAGCUUCCCCAAUCAAAGGGCCCCUCCAUCGCAUGCUGCAGUCCAUCACUCCGUCCCCCUCUGGAUCCUUUGGAGGAGGACCAAAGCUGUACGAGACACUCGACCAACCCAAGAGCAACGCCUCGCGCAGCAACUCGCUCUACAACGAUCCUACGGCUCAUGGUGACCAUUUGCCUUCGGAUACCUUCAGCCCAGAGCCAACCCGGCCCAGGAGUCGAGCAGAUAGUACAGCAGCUGUCAAAGUGGAUUACAUGGCAUCCUCUCCACUACACACCAACGGCACAGUCAACGUAUACCACUCCGACAUCUCGAGCGAUGCGUAUCACCAAGAAGCUGCGAGCGCUGGCAUACCGCCUUCUGGGUCUCGAGGCAGAACGCUGAGCUACACCUCGGGAGAUGCCUAUGCACCAUGGGUCAUACCACCACAACAGCAACACCAGUACGAUCCACAGCCAGCUCCUUACAUACCUCAACCGUACGACCAGCGCUAUGCCAAUGCUCAUCCUCAUCAUCACCAGCCCGAGCAUUCACAGCCUGGUCCUCCCCUGCCUCUGCCUGCGCCUUCCUCGCAGUCCUUGCAUAGAGGUCAUUCGCUUCAAGAGGCCCCACAUCACCGCUCCUAUUCACCGCGUCCUUUCGGAGGCCAGCCUGCGACCUCGUCUGAAGCUACCUCCUCCCAUGCUGGUCUUCAGAAUCCAACCUACAUGCCUCCUGCGCCCCAAUCGGGAUGGCAAGCCAACCAAACGGGGCCUCGACAUGAACCUAAUGGUCCACAAAGGCGAUACACUUAUGGUGGACCGCCCCAAGGAUGGCACAGCGAACAACAGCCCCCUGAUCUUCAGCUAUCCUACCAGCAUACGCCCCCACCUCCUCUUCCCGGACCUCCGAGCUGGCAGGGCCAACCAUCCCAGCCUCCACCGCAAAGGUCGCCUUCCCCUCUACCGCCUCCGCCCAUCUCCCCUCGCUCAUCCUUCCCCCAAACGCUUGAUUCUCACGGCUCGUUCCCCUACCCAACGUCGGCCGUUGCGGCCAUUGCACCUGCAACACCGAAAGGACCAUUGCCGAGCGCAAUACCGCCACAAUCACCAGUCUCCCGGGGAGCUGGUACUGUCAGGAGAUCCCUGCCUCAACCACCGGGCACGCCGCCCGGGCUAGCUCGUCCCCCGACUAUACCAAACUAUGUGCCAGGGCAGACUCCUCCUACCACACCCACUCAAGCUUCUACCUAUCUGAAGGGUGCAGGCCUCGCUACGCCUCUAUCACCUAUUUUGGCUACGCCCCCUGCUGCUCAACCUUCUACGAUAGCUGCUGUAGAAGUGGCCAAAGCCACUGCUCCUACAGCCUCUGCUGCAGAAGGAGCCAUGCUUCCAACAGGGUCGUCCCCCACUUCUGCCUCCUCCACUACCUCUUUCGCUCCUCAAGCCAGCUCGCCCAUCAAUGGAACAGCUCUCAGCAGAUCAGACAGCAUUCUUUCUGCUGCUGAAGAAUUGAUGGCCAGAGGUAUGCCCUCAAGGCGAGGCAGAGGCGCUUUUGGUCGCUUUGGUCGAAGCCCGCUGAGCGCUACACCUGCUACGCCGACUGCUAAUGAGAGCACAGAUCGGCAACAUGAGCGGACAGAUCGGCAACACGAGCAGCCCGUACCUGCUCACCUGCAGAAUCAGUCGGAUGGAGGUCCAAAUCAGCGGGCGGAAAAUGGCAUUCCACCGAAUGAGGCGGAAAAGCUCAGCGAGGCCUUCAACGGCAUCAGCCUCCAGACUGGUAACGCUGCUGUGAUUUCAGAAGCUUUCACCAUUCCCAAGAUCCACUCACCGCCGCCCAAUGCUGCCCCACCCGUUCCCUACAUUGCUCUGCCAGACGAGGAUGAUGUGGCAUCCGCAGGUGGACCGAUGAUCGCCAUAUCCGCUCCCGAGGAGGAGAGCGUCAGGGCGCCAGAGACUAAUGCGAAAAGCAACGGCACUUCUGCAAUGCCAUCGUUCAGUUUCUCGGGACCAGACGAAGAAGAGGCUACGAGUGGGCCCACGAUCAACAUCAUGGGCGUGGAAGAUGAUGAUAGCGAGGGGAACGGUCCUGUGAUCAGUAUCUCUGGCUCUGAUGCCUAUGAUGAUGGCUCUCGAUCCAGUGGCGUUGGCAUGACCCCGUCGAUCUCCCUCUCACACACCUCGGGCUACACUCCAGCCAUGCCACAGCGUGCAUCAGCCACCUCGUCCACUUCCCUGGCCGAGCAAGCCGCUCGAGCGCAAGCCGAAGCUUCCAAAUGGAAUGGAGCUGUCCCUCAAGCUCCCUUCGAUCACCUCCAGUCUGCAUCCUCGGUCGCAGGCACCACCUGUGGAUCCUGCUCGAAGUAUAUCGCCGGUAGAGUCGUGCAAGCCAUCAAUCAAUCCUUCCAUCCAGCCUGCUUCGCUUGCAAUCACUGCAAAGAACUAUUGGAACACGUAGCUUUCUAUGAGCACGAGGGGAAAGCGUACUGUCACUUUGACUAUCACGAGCUCUUCUCUCUCAGGUGCUUCCACUGUCGCACACCCAUCGUCGAUGAAAGAUUCAUCCAGAUCAACGAUCCGGAGCUACUUUCCUCCUCUAAUGCUGCUGCAGCCAGUCAAAAGGGAGGCAAGAAUGGGACAGUAGGAGGAGCGGCUGGUGGUGGGGCAGCAAGCGCAGGGGUGAGGUAUUAUCACGAUUUGCACUUCUUCUGUGCAAAUUGUGGCGAUCCUUUCAUCGAUCCAAAGGUCGCCAGCAGUACCUCUGGCAGCGAGCGAGGCAAGAUUCAAGUCGAUGAAGCUGGCAGGGUGCUGAGCGGUGGCAAAGCAUUUGUUGUGUGGAAAGGGUACCCGUACUGUGAAUCUUGCCAUCACAGUGUACACAAACCAUCCUGCAAGGCCUGCCGCAAGCCAAUUCUGUACGACGUGGUUACUGCUCUCAAGGGCAAGUGGCACCCGGAGUGCUUCGUCUGCGAAGGAUGCAAGCAACCAUUUGAGGAUGAGCGAGUCUUUGUAGAUACUCAAGGUAGAGGAUACGAUGAGGAGUGCUAUCGUAUAUGGUUGAAGGGGACCCUUUGAGGAUCUCAUCGCCCGGAGAGGGGAGGGCAGAGAAAAGUUCCGUGCUGUGUUGAGUAUGUUUGUCGCACCCUGCUGUAAAUAUCUCGUUCGCUGCUGCCCUGCAAUCAUGUCUGUAGUCAAGGCCGCCCUCCCGCAUCCCGACUCGUCUUCACUG